AUGAGAACUUUAAAGGGCUGGAGCGGAGCGGCGGCGUUAUCGGCUUUUCAUCAGGCGCUCGUCGUAAUUCUAAUCAACAUACCUUCGGUAUCGUUUGGCCUGGCGCUGGGCUGGGUGUCUCUGGUGAGCGGCGAAGCGGCUGAUGAAGGCGACAAGGGCGCUGUCUUCGCGGCCGUCACUACGUUUUUGGCGUGCUUUGUGGCCGUACCGAUUAGCGCCAAGGUCAUCACAUACGGCAGAAAGUAUGCUGUCAUGGCCGCCUCUGCAUGUUUCGUGUUGUGUUGGUCGCUAAAGCUGGUUUCGGUGUCAGCGAGUGAUGGGUGGAUGAUAGGUGGACGGCUGGCGGCAGGGUUCGGCGGCACCGCCGCGUGGACACUGGCUCCGUUGCUGGCUAGAGAGAUGUGUAGCGAGGGAUGGUGUGGAGCAGCAGUAUCAGCACUGCCGCUGGCACACAACGCAGGCAUCCUGCUUAUGUAUCUCGCCGCCGAUGCUAGGAUGCAUCAUAGAACUGUGAUAUGGUGGUGCCUCGGGGUAUCGGCUUUUCAUUUCUUCGUGUUCAUGUUCAUACCGGAGUCGCCCUCGUUUCUUGCCGCUAAAGGAAAGAAUGAAGAAGCCCGGAGAUCUCUGGCCUGGCUACGAGGUCGAUCGACUGAUUCGCCGAAACUCGAUGCCGAGUUUAAGACGUUACCACCCGCCGAGCAAGGAGAUGAGUCGUCUCUCUCGCGAGCCCUGGAUUUGUUUCGCGACCGUCAGAGGCGAUGGGCGUUCGCCGUCGGGUUCGUGGCGGUCGUGGGACAAGAGAUGUGCGGAAUACUCGCCAUCACUCAGUACGCCGAGCGGCUGUUCAUGUUGACGCGGGACCGAGCCGCCGCGGUCACGAUUGCUGCGGCACCCGAGGGUCCACUGCUGCUGGCGACGCCCGCCCGGCACGCCCUCAUCCUCGGCGCCGUGCAGCUCUUAGCGUCCGCCCUUUCUCUCUAUCUCGUGGAGCGGCUCGGCCGCAGGCCGCUUAUCGUAGGGUGCGCGUGGGCAGUGGGCCUGUCGCUCGGCGGGGCGGCGGGGGCGGUCUGGGCGGGAAAAGCCGAGGGUGCGGCUGUAGCGGUCGCCUUGGCCGUGGCCGUCGACGCCGCCGGCUUGCAGGCCGCGCCCUACGCUCUGUUCUCCGAUAUGUUCGCCUACGAGUAUCGAGGGUGCGCGACGAUGUUGAUGAUGGCCGGCGCGUGCCUGGGCAACGCGAUCGAAGUGGUCAUGUUUCCGGCGGUAGUUGUGCACAGCGGAGUGGCGGCGUCGCUUCUGACGGCCGCGGCGUUGACGCUGGCUUACGCCAUAUUUGCCACAAUCGCUGUGCCCGAGACCAGGCUCAAGACGCCUGAGCAGAUUUAUGACGUGAUCUGUCCGGCGACAAGUCAGUGCCACAGUGUUAGAGUUAGCAAUAAGUUGAAAAGUGGGACUAGAGGAGAAAAACAUUCUGUUUGUACUAGUUUUUAA